AUGGUUCGCUACGCGUCUCGUGUCUGGAGGCAGCGGCUCUUCAAAGCUACCAUAUGCACAUGUCUAAUCCUACUUCUAGCGCACAAAUUCCAGCUCCGUGAAUUCUUGCUUGCACGACGGUAUGACACCUGGCCCUGGGAUCACAGCUGCUACAAGCUCUCUCCCUUCAGCAGCGCAUGCGCUGCGUCACGUGCAAAAAUUGCGCACAAUGUGCAAAUCGUUAUAGAGACAGGCGGUUCCGAGCCGAAGGAGAGACUGCAGUAUCAGCUUGCGACAAUACUGUCUGAUGUUCCGGCUGAGAACAUUUUGAUAUUCUCGGAUUUGGAGGAGGAGACCGGGGCUUUUCGGAUAUAUGAUGCGCUAGCGGAUGUUUCGGUGCGGGAACGUAGAGAAUAUCCAGAAUUUGCAUUUUAUGAUGAGUUGCAAAUGUAUCGGCGAGAAGGGAGAAAUACACACGAACUAAAGGGAGGGCACAAGUUGGCGAGGUAUAAGAAUAUGGCUAUUAAGCGUAUGAUUUGGAAGAUGUUGGGGGCCGAGAGCAGUGUCCUCGGGAGGCGGAAGUGGUAUGUUUUUAUUGAUACGGAUACUUUUAUCGAAUGGAAUAACCUGCUUGUGUUGCUGGAGCAUUUAAACCCCACAAACAAUAUGCAUAUAGGGAGUCCAGUUUGGGGCCCUAUACCCCCGUUUGCGCAUGGUGGGAGCGGUUAUGUAUUCUCGCAUAAGGCCUUGGAGACACUGAAUAUGCCUAGCCGGGGUGGCGACGAAGAGUUAAUGUAUAGCCAAUAUGGUGUAAACACGACCGCGCUGUGCUGUGGUGAUGAGGCUUUGUCGGUGGCGCUGAAGCGGAAAGGCAUCGACAUCAAAGGGUACUGGCCUUUGUUUAACGGAGACCCACCAGUGACGAUUAAUUUUGGGCCCGAGAUGUGGUGUGAGCCGGUAAUUUCUUUGCACCACAUUACAGGGACAGACAUGGAAGAUCUAUGGCGAUGGGUCGAGAACUGGAAAUCCAGAACGAUGAGCAUGCAACCCUUCCUAUUUAGAGAUUUGUUUGAGUACGUUGCUCUGCAACUAGUUCACAGAAUGAAUGAUUGGGACAAUACAGACGACGGAUGGAAAAUAUUUCACCAUGUUAAGGGCACCAAGAAAAGCGUCUUGGCAUCCUUUGAGCAGUGUUCAGCAGCCUGUGAAGCGGACAACCUGUGCUUUCAGUUUGUCGUCAACGGAACCACAUGUGCUCUAUCACACAACAUCCGAGUUGGUAGAAAGCGCGUGCCGGAUACAGAAGGAGAGUACCGAUAUAUCUCAGGAUGGAAUUUGCAGAGAAUUCAGGACUGGACAACGAAGACAAAGUGCACAAGCGCGCAUUGGGUGCAUUCAAAUCCGUGA